AUGCCCGCGCCCCGCCGUGUUCGUCGUGCCCGCGCCCCGCCGUGUUCGUCGUGCCCGCGCACCGCCGUGUUCGUCGUGCCCGCUGCCCCGCCGUGCCCGCUGCCCCGCCGUGCCCGCUGCCCCGCCGUGCCCGCGCCCCACCGUGCCCGUGCCCGCUGCCCCGCCGGCUCCUGUGAACAGCAGAGCUUUGAUGGUGUGUGGUCACUUCCUGGUACAACAGCGGCUGAAUGUGCAUUAAAUUUGAAGAAGAUAUAUACAGUACAAACAGUGCAGGAUUUCUGGAGUGUCUACAACAACAUUCCUCCUGUGACAAACUUGCCUCUGAGAUGUAGCUACCAUUUAAUGCGGGGAGAAAGGCGCCCGCUUUGGGAAGAAAAAAGCAAUGCCAAAGGAGGUAUAUGGAAAAUGAAGUUCCCUAAAGAAAGUACAGCUGCAGCUUGGAAAGAGCUACUGCUAGCAACUAUUGGAGAGCAGUUUACAGAUUGCCAUGAUGAAGUAAUAGGGGUUAGCGUCAGUGUUUGUGACUGUGAAGAUGUUGUGCAAGUCUGGAACAUGAAUUCCUCUUCAGCAAGUGGAGCAAAAGUUUUACAAAAAAUUCAUAAACUUCUUCCACACACGUCUUUUAAAGCAGUCUUUUAUAAAUCCCACAGAGAGAAUCAUGCUUUUGAAGGCUGA